UACAAAUUAAUAAAAUACAUACUAAUACGAAUCUAACAAGAUCCCACAUGACUAUGUUUUUAUUCACGUAUAAAUCACAAACGAGGGUCAAAGUGCAAUUUGUGAAUAGUGUAAAAUGUCAAAGUGUAACAAUUAAAAAGAAACGGAGGUAGUACUUCAUAGCAAUUCUCUAAUAUUUAUUAAUCUUAUCACUAUAUCAUCCUAUUAUCUUGCAUCACAAGAAUAUCUUUACAAAUCCCAGUUAUGUAGUUGAACAUUGACUUCAAAUCAACUCCCUAUACCCGUAUCUUUUUUUUAAAGAGUUUUGGUAUGAAAAUUAAUGGUCAAUCUAGCAAUUAUCUUAGCUUCCCUACAUGAAACCUCUCCUAGAAUGGCUUUGAAUAACAUUUUAAAAUGAUUGAAGUUGCUAUCAAUCACAAUACAUUAUUUCAAAAAGUUCACUAUAUAAUCAUACCAGUUUUCCCACAUCUAUCUGGAUCACCUUCACCAUCCCACCACCCCUCUGCCUAUGGCAUCUCAUUCAUUAAGUUACGCCACUUUUGCUCUCUCCUUCAUUUACUUCCCUUACUUGAUCAUAUCUCAGCAGCCUUAUGGUGAUAGUAAUUGUCCUGUAUAUAACAAUGCAUCUACUGCUUUAGGGUACACUUGUAAUGGUGUGAACACAACUUGCCAAUCUUUCCUCAUUUAUAGAACACAGUCCCCUCCCUACAACACUAUCUCCUCCAUUGCCUCCCUUUUAUCAGCCAAUGCAUCUCAGAUUUCAGCGAUCAACAACAACAUCUCAGAAACUAUGGCCUUAGCAACGAAUACGGAGGUGAUUGUCCCUGUGAUGUGCUCCUGUUCAGGUAGAUUCUACCAAGCCAAUGCCACUCAUGUUGUUCGAGCCACUGAAAAUUACUACGUGAUAACUAAUAUCUUUGGAAGUUUGACAACUUGCAAUGCUAUUCAGAUUCAGAAAACCAGUCCAAAUAUAAUAAAUGUAUAUCCUAAUGAAAGGCUUACUAUACCUCUAAGGUGUGCCUGUCCUACGACGAGGCAACUCAACGAGGGGAUUAGGUACCUAAUGACCUUUGUGGUCCAAUCAGGGGAUGCUUUUUGGACUAUUGCUGACAAGUUUGGUGCUAAUUUUGGGCAAACGCUCGAAGCCAAUGAAAAAUCUGAGGAGGACUCUGUUAUUCAACCUUCCACAACCCUUCUUGUUCCACUACAGAACCCACCAAAUGGCUCUCAAAUGGUGUAUCCUCCUUAUGUACCACCCCCGCCAUCAUCUCCACCGUCCCUCCCUCCUACAACUACCCCAUCACCACCAUCAUCUAAUGUGAGUUCAAGUAGGAGAUGGGCUUAUUUCGGGGUAGGGGUGGUUGCAGGCGGUGCAUUUGUUGCAGUUGCAGGAAUCAUUCUCUUUUUUGUGUUUCUAAGGGCGAGUAUGAGGCAGAAAAGCGAUCCAAUUCUGUCAUCUCAAAACUUUGAAGCAAAAGAAAAGGCUCUUGUAAUUGAAAAGCAAGAGACUGAGACUGAAUCCCUAGAGUUUCUUGAGAGCAUAUCUAAGAUAGCUUCCCUCAAAGUAUAUAGUUUCAAGGACUUACAGAUUGCGACAGAGGAUUUCAGCUCCGAUCAUUGGAUUAAAGGGUCGGUAUACAAGGGAAAUGUUAAUGGUGAUGAGGUGGCUAUCAAGAAGAUGAAUGGGGAUGUCAGCAAAGAGAUCAGUGUACUAAACAAGAUCAACCAUUUUAACCUCGUCAGGUUAUUGGGAGUUUGCUUCGAGGAUGGGGUUUGGUACUUUGUUUAUGAAUUUGCAGGUAAUGGAGCUUUGAGCGAGUGGAUCAAUGAAGACAAAGCCGAUGGAAAAACCUUGAGUUGGGGAAAGAGAAUGCAAAUAGCUUGUGAUGUUGCUACCGGGCUGAACUAUCUUCAUAGCUAUACAAACCCACCACAUGUUCACAAGGACAUAAAGAGCAGCAAUGUUUUUCUAGAUAAGGAGUUCAGGGCAAAAAUUGCCAAAUUUGGGCUGUCAAGGCCAGUUAGAGGGAAUGAUGGCCAAUUUACAUUAACAAAGCAUAUUGUGGGGACAAAGGGUUAUUUGGCUCCUGAGUAUUUGGAGAACGGAAUAGUCUCUCCCAUGCUUGAUGUUUAUGCAUUUGGUGUUCUGUUGCUAGAGAUGUUAACUGGUAAAGAUGUUGCUUAUCUUUAUGAAGGGGUUAAUGUAAGCUUAUCAGAGAUUUUAGGCCCGAUGUUGACUAAUGAAGAUGGGAUUUCGAACAUGAAGGAAUUUGUAGAUACUUCACUUGCGGAUGAUUAUCCUGUUGAUAUAGCGUAUUCUAUGCUCGUAUUAGUUGAUCGUUGUUUGAGAAAAGACCCGGGUAGUCGCCCUACUAUGGAUGAAGUCCUGCAGAUUGUGUCGAAAACUUUGACGACCUCACUUAUCUGGGGAUCUAGUACUUCUGCUAGUAUCUCAAGUUCAGCAUAAUCUUGAGACUAGUUACAUCACUUAUAUAUAGCACUUAGUAGUUAGUUUUAAGUUUUUGCCUAAUUCUCUUAUUCACCUGUUUGAAGCUAUCCACUGUGAUUCCCCAAUUUUAUUUUUCUUUUCUUAAACGUGGUGAAUUUGUGACAUGUUUUUUUAAAAGGAAGGACUUGUGAUUUGUGAACA